AGAAGCCCAGACCUCCUCCUGGUGGAUGCUGUCCAAAGAAAUAUAUCCGUCAAUGCUGCCCGGUCACAGGUGAUAAUGAAACUAUCUAUCCUUGUGAAAAACAACCAAUAUCGUCAAGACCCGGAUCAGGUGUUCCAACCAUAAACCCAAAGACUGCCUGUGUUUACAGCUGGCUUACUCAGGCAUGUGCAGGCGGAUUUUACCUGGAUGGAAGAUCACAUGCGCCAAAAGCUUGCCCAAAAG